AUCGGUGGUGCGGUUUGGGAUCACGCGAUCGACGGAUGAUCGGCGGGCCCUGUAGCAGCAGCUGGCUGUGAGCGAGGCUGGCGUGGUGGCCGCCGACCGCCCUGCACGUGCACUAGCACUCACACGCGCUCCUUUCCUCGGCGUGCUAUCUGUCGUCGAGCUCGCGACAGAGAGCGCGCGUAGUGUUGUUCUCUGCACGCCGGCUCUUUGUGCUCGAGAACGUGCGCGCCUCGUGCUGUGUGUAUCGCGUACCCGAGUGACCACCGCGCUGUUGUGCUGUGCUUGUGGCGUUCCCCGACGUAUCGCACUGCAGACGAUCGACGACGGCCUACAUGAUACGGCGUUGAGUUUGUCCUGUGCGUCCUUCGGCCAGAGAUAGCGGUUUAUCUCUGCGAGUGUGUGGCCCUCAAAAGUGCCAAGCCCCCCCGAGUGAUUUGAGAGGUCGUGCCUGAGGCAGCAGCGGAGUGAGGGACGCGCUUUCGCCGGCGCCCUCACCACCACAUUCUUCCAGAAGGAUGAACUACAUUGGCCGGAUCAUAACCAACGUGCGGGAAUUCUGCAACGAGAUCAAUUCGGCUACGCUGACGGGGGCCAUUGACGUGGUGGUCAUCGAGCAGCCUGAUGGGUCCUUUGCCACUUCACCCUUCCAUGUGCGGUUUGGCAAGAUUGGCGUUCUUCGGAGUAGGGAGAAAAUUGUUGACAUUGAGAUUAAUGGAAAACCUGUAGAUAUUCACAUGAAGCUUGGGGAGUCCGGCGAGGCAUUCUUCGUUGAAGAAGUCACUGAAGAAUCGGACCAAGUACCCAUCCACUUGGCCACAUCCCCGCUACCCGACUGCCACGACAUAGGCGAGGAACUGAACAGGCUCAAGGCGGCCCUCAGCCAACAGCUGGAUAACAGCGGCCGGCCCGAAUGCCUCAUACAGGCUGAGUUCACGGUGGGCACAGACACCAACGACGAGCUCCCAACCAUCACCGGUACUACACCGGCGACGCCGAUUCCUUCAGUUCCUAUGACUGAGCCGCGGCGGCUCUCUACGACUCGGAUUCACAAGCCAUCUCCCAUGCUGGCGUCGCGGCAGCAACCCCAGGAGUCCAUCGGCGUACAGACUGAGGCGGCCAUCACUGGUUGUGAGGAGAACGACGAAGACAGGGUUGAAGUGGUGAACGAAUUGAAGUAUGUCAUGCCAAACAGCCAACAGAACCAGCAGCAGCCACAGCAGCAGUCACAGCAGCAGCCAGGCAAGAGGAGGCGAAAGAAGAAACACCCCAUCCGGCGGCGCUCGCGCAUCAACGAGGACCCGCACAGCCGGACAUCCACGCCUGCCACCGACGAUCAGGACAUCUUUCAGAUGGACAGCGACUUCGAGGAAGAACGCAGCGGCAGCACCGCUAUCGGCAUCACCGCGCCGUCGUCUUCCUCGCCCUCGCCGCAGAUGACGCCGUCGACUUCCACGGCUGCGGUUGCCAUGUUUAUGAGUCGGUCGGUCACCAUGCCAGCGGACAUUAAUGCUGCACGCGAGGAGUGGCAGCGGACCAUGACACCCAAGAGGCUGUCGGUGACGUUUCCCGCCGGCGGGGGUGCGUUCCAUCCGUACAGCGACGGAGACUUAACUCCACCGCGCAGCCCUCACAACUCGAGGCCCUCGAGCCCCAAGUCCGACACGGAGUACGAGAACCAGAUGAUGGACGCCAACAGCCAGACGGAGGAGAACACCAUCAGCUGGACAUGGGGCGAGCUUCCGCACAUUCCGAACGCGUCGCGGUUCUCCCAAGAGGAGAUCAGCGCGGCGACGUCUGCCAUGAACAGCGUCGUCAGGCUCUCCAGGGACAGCCAGGAUGCGAAGCACCUGGGCCCUCUGUCCUCGGAUGAGGAGGACGCUACAGAGAAGCUGGUUGGGGAAGGCGGCAAGCCCUCGAUGCUGGGUGGAGUGCUAAGCUUCAUGAAGCCAACAAAAAAGCAGAAGGAGGACAUGGCGACGGCCAAGGACGGCAUCUUUCUAGAUGACCUCGACCCUAGGGAACUAGACCCUGAGGUUGCGGCCCUCUACUUUCCAAAGUUUAGGUCAGCGCACUCGCCGAGAGGCAAAGACGACGACGCCGAGUCUGGCAACGGGCCGUCGUUGUCCCAGUCUCCUAACAGCGACACGGGCGCCGGCCACAUGACCACGCUGCACUGCCUGGACAGUGACACAGAGGAACGGCACAACAUGUUCGACUUCUGCAGGCACAAGUACUCAGACCUCGCCAUGUCCCUGUGCGGGGGACUCCAGGACUGCGAAAAGUCUAUGAUGGAGGAGAAGUUUGCUCACUUCCUGAUCACGUACGACACCUUCUGUGAGAACCCGGACGUGCUCAACAACCCGGACCUUGUAAUUCGAAUGGGCGGAAAGUAUUACAACUGGAGUGCCAUCGCGCCGCACCUGCUCUCCAUUGCCAUGUUCCAAAGGCCCUUGCCAGAGAAAACGCUGGACAGGCUGGCAGACAUCCACAUGCCCAAGAAGAAGAAGAAGGCAACCUACUCGUGGUGGUCUUGGGGCCGAACUGGAGGAGCCAAGCCUGACGGCGUUAACAAGCCAGAUUCUCAGCAUAGCGACGAGAACUUGGGUGUCAGCGACGGCAGCGAAGGCCCGGAUGUUGUUGUGAAGGCACCAGAGCCGGUCGUUACUCCUUGCAGAGAUGAAGUGAUUCUCAUCGAUCCCCCUCACUCCAUACCACUCGACAAAAUUGAAGUGUCACACGAGUGCAAGGACGAGCAGUACGCGUCGACGUCGAGCGAAGCGGAGACCUCUGACACACACGGCAGGGCGAGUUCUGAGCACCGCAAGGUACCCAGGGAGAAGCGGCCCUACUUCUGCGACAAGUUCAAGAAGUCCCUUCGCCUCUCGUCCGACGAAAUUGCCAGCCUGAACCUGAAAAGUGGGCGCAAUGAGGCUGUGUUCAGCGUCACCACGGCAUACCAGGGCACAACACGCUGUAUGUGCCACAUCUACCUGUGGCGGCAUGACGACAAGAUCGUCAUCUCGGACAUUGAUGGCACUAUCACAAAGUCCGACGUGCUGGGGCACAUCAUGCCCAUCCUGGGCCGAGACUGGGCCCAGUCUGGGGUGGCCAAGCUGUUCACCAAGAUCCACGCCAACGGUUACCAGUUCCUGUACCUGUCGGCGCGCGCCAUUGGCCAGGCGCACCUGACGCGCGAGUACCUGCGCAGCGUACGCCAGGGGGACCUCUGGCUGCCCGACGGACCCCUGCUGCUGUCGCCCACCUCGCUCAUCAACGCCUUCCACAAGGAGGUGAUUGAGAAAAAGCCGGAGGAGUUCAAGAUCAGCUGUCUCCGGGAUAUCCAGACGUUGUUCAACGUUACCGGGAACCCAUUCUACGCUGGAUUUGGCAAUAAGAUUAAUGACACGUUGGCCUAUCGUGCAGUGGGCAUCCCCGUCUCGCGCAUCUUCACCAUCAACCCCAAGGGAGAGCUGAAGCUGGAGCUGAUGCAGAAUUUUCUCUCCUCGUACCACUGUCUGAGUGACGUCGUGGACCACGUAUUCCCGCCACUGCACAACACCCUCGAGCUGGGCCGCAACGGGACGCAGUCUUUCUCGGCGUGUGAGGAGUUCAGCUCGUUUACCUACUGGCGGGACCCGAUAGCACCUGUCGAGAUCGACAUUGAGGAAGAGCCGAUGAGCAACAAGCCCACCGGCAAGCCCAACAAAUGAGGCAGAGGGAGGCACGACUAUUGCGCCAGCCACAGUGUGUGGUUGGCUGCCCCCCUUCUCCUUCCACGGGUAUCGCCAACGUCUGUCUAGUCGCCGGGUUCUCUCACUCACAGUCACCCAUGCGCCAUCCUUCCCCCCCCCCCCUUCUAAGCCAGCCAAGAAGUGGGCCAGGCAUCCAGCACCAAAGACUCACUGUGCCCUCCUCCUUCUCGCCAUCCUCUCACACUUCACUGUCCUAUCAUUUGCCAGCAUCCUCCAUCAUCGUCGUCGAAGACAUUGUCGCACAACCGCCGAACGAAGAUGUGAACAAAUCGUAGUCUGCAAUGCCGGAGGCCUGUCCAUUCGUUCUGUGAUACUUGGUUUGUUCGUUUUUUCUUUUUCUUCUGUGGUUCUCCUUCCCAUCUUCUUUCGCGCCAAUGUCGGAACAAGUGGCGAAAAAAGAAAGCUUCGAAUACAGCCGGUAAUUUAGAAGGGCUGGACCUUUCUGGACCCGAGGAUUGCCAAACUAACGCAAGAAGUGUGUCACUGAAUGCGCAAUUAUUAUAUAAUCUUUCUCUGCCCGGUUUUCCUGGGAUCGUAGAUUUAUCUGCAGUAAAGAUUGAAGAACAGUCACGGUUAUUUAAAGGCUAUUACAAGACAGUCCCAGCAAAGGAUUUGAAUGCCUUCCGUCUCUCAUUUUGACUUCGAAUAUAAGAUGACUUGAAGCAUUUAGGAAAUGACGCAUAUGUUAUCACACGCCGCAUUUGGAUUUACACACAAUGCAAGCAAUGCAAGCCAUAAAAACAGGAUUAAUGUCAUAUUCUUUUUCUGUUGGUGUAUCUUUACUGUUCCUUCAAUGGCUACUAAGAGUUUCUGAUCCCUUUGAAAAUAUUUAUCAAAGUUUCAUCAGAUUGUGCUCACACACAACUUGGCUUGUCAGUAGCGUUCUUGCAUUUGCCAGAUGUUGUUGUUGCAACACUCAUUUUCUUUUUUCUUUUCUUCUAUUGUCAUCACACUACUUAUGUUUGAUCUUUCCACUCAAGGUAGAUCCUUGAGGUAUUGUUUUCAUUAUUUAGUUGAUAUAUAAAGUUGUGUUAACCAGCGUAAUAAUCACCCACGUGCGUUUCAUCCGGUGCUUUCAGUAUGCACGCCCGCAUUUAUUUAAGAGACAGUUUUAGUUUGGUGCGUCUAGCACGAUAGCGGGCUCGAAAUGCCCAUGCACGAGAGUCUAUUAGGUGACUGUCGCUGUAACACUUACUUUUUACUGGUAACAUGCCCAUGAGUGCUUAACGUUUAACACACACAUGCUAUUUUUCAGAUUUAACGCUUACCAGCUUUGCAUGGCUCGUGUAAAUUAAGUGGCAACAUGGCAGCUGUCCCAGCUGCUCACUUCAAACUAGAAUUGACUUCGUUCGUCCAAAUUAGUAUGUAAAAUGGCUCUCGCUUAGUCACAGGCCGCUUUGACGGCAGAGUAUUUGGAUAAUAUUGUGGCGUUUUCGAUACCAUUUUCGAACGUCUUAUUUCAAACGCUUUUGAGGCCUAACAAGAGAAUUGUCUAGGAUGACAGCGUCACCCAUCGGCAAUGUCGAGAGCUAGCCGCGACGGGACAUGGUCUCAGAGAUGUGGUGAUCUCGGAGGCCAUAGAUGGCAGGCUUGUACUGAUUUUGCCGCAGAUGCAGGCAUGGAAGGUACAAAUACAAUGCACUCCUGGCUGUAAUUGUGCUUUUUUUUCACACUUUUCGCACACAUGAACACACUCGGCUUGGCGAAUCAUUAAAAUCACUUAUGUGUGUCAUCUGUGCAAAAUUUGAAGCUUAAAAGAAUAGUGUGUUUGGGAUGUAAACGAUAUUGUGCUAUACUAAAACUCACUUCCCGCAAAAUUUGUUUGCAGAACGGUAACUUUACUUCCCCCCCACUGUUAUGCUAGCAUUAAACUAAAACUGUCUAAUGUUUCAGUUCCUUAUUAGCUGCUGUGUUGUUUCCACCAUGUGAUGUGCUCAUUUUGGCACCUUAGGAGAGAGUAGUAUAUAAUAAAUAUGAUCCUAGCUGUUGAAGAACUGCUUUGUUUAGUUAAAUGAGUAUCAGGGUCAAUUAACAAUAUGUGAGAGUUGUAGCCUUUCUCCAAAUGGCUGAGUUUUUAUACUAUAUAUAUAUACUUUUUUUUUUCUGUGACGAAGUCAUGUUCCAUUCCUUGUGUAAAUGUCAACACAAGGCUGGUACCUGUGUUUGACUAUCAUUUAUAGUAUUCUGUUAUUUGUUCCCAAAAGUGCAGAGAUCUUUGCAUGUUUUUUUUUCUUCCAAGUCUAGGAUUGUGCGUUGGUAUUUGUUUUUAACAGUGUUUUUCUUUAUUGAUGAUGCACGUUUAUUAGUGUAAAUACUUGCAGCUUGCAAAGACAUGCAUUGUUUCAUACCCAGUGAUGUACGGUGAACCCGUUUUUCUCUUCCCCACCACUACUUGGGUGUGUUGUUUAUUUCUGUUAAUAAAUGUUGUUAUUACAGACCCACUG